GUGGUGCAGGACGUUGCCCUUUUUUAUGAAGUGGCAUAGGAUAUUUUCGCUUUAAUAUAAUGGUAUUCUAUAAAUGAAUAAAAUGAAUAUACAGAACCGCAAACCUCCAUAUUAAAAGACAGUAAAAGUUGGUAAAAAUGGAUCAAGCAAUGGCAAAUAUCUUGGCCCCAUCCAAUGGAAUAUUGAAGCAGGCAAUAAUGGAUCUGAAGGAGCCUGUAAUUUUUCGUGGUAUUCUCAAAGAUGAAGAAGGAUGCAACAUUUGGAAAUUUUUGGAUUGGAACUUGACAGAACUUGCAGAGAAGUUAGGUGAUAUGCGGUUACCUUUUAGAACUGGAUUUAAUGGAAGGUCAAAGGAGCCACAAUGGGAUAUUAAAUGUCCAACUCAAACUAUGACCAUGCAGAGAUUUCUUGAAGAAUCAUACUCCUGUGACAGACCAGAGAAGUGGUAUUAUUUUGAUUACAAGUAUAUGCAUGAGUGGUUAAAAGAUCAACCUGAAAUAUUGGCUUCGGUGGAUUGGCGUCGAUUUGGAUUUGAUGCAUGGGGUGAAGAUUCUACACUCUGGAUUGGAAAUAAAGGAGCCCAUACUAAUUGCCAUCAAGAUUCCUAUGGUUGUAAUUUAGUUGCUCAAAUGCAUGGAAGAAAGCAAUGGUUUUUAUUUCCACCCAGUUGUACCAAUGCAUUACAGCCUACAAGAAUUCCAUAUGAGGAGUCAACAGUAUAUAGUAAAUUUAAUUUCUUUUGUCCAACACAAAAGGAUGAAGAAGCUAUUGUAAAUGUCCCAGAGAGGCCUAAAUGUAUUACGCUUGAACCAGGUCAGGUAUUAUUUGUUCCUGGUGGUUGGUGGCAUUAUGUAGAAUCACUAGACUUAAGUGUCAGUGUAAACGUAUGGCUUCCGUUGCCAACGGAUUGUGAAGCAAGGCUGAGAGAGGCAUUGGUUAAAUUGAUUGCGACGAGAUUAGGAAAAGGAUGUUUAAAUUCUGCAGAAGAACCGCAUAGUACGCUUCAUCGUUCUAUGAAAUUGGUGGAAGCAUGCCUUCAUGAAGUUAAAGCGAAUGAGGAGCCUGUAGAAUCGCCAAGCAAAAAAAAAGCAAAGGCAGUAACAUGGACAGCAGCAGCAUUAUCCAAGGAAUAUCCUAAACACGUGUCGCUUUUAUCGGAAUUGAAUACAAAGGAAUUAAGAAAAUUACUAAUAGAAAAAAGAGAACGGUUUUCAGUCAGUAAUGAAGCCGCGUCUGACGAAAAAUGUGCGCAAGUGACUGAAGAUUCUAAUCUUUCAGAAUCCUCAUUGGAUCAAAUAUCAAAAGCAGUUAUUAACUCUUUUUGUCAUCCUGAUAUUAUUAGCAGGGUGGCUCAAUUGGUCAUUGAUUCAAAUGUUACAGCAUAACAUGUUCUCAUACCUAGGACAUGUGACAUAUGUUUAAGUGUUUUAAAGAAUCCGAUAUUGCGCAGUUGCUUAUUCGGAUGUGUGCUUUGUAUGAAGGCUGAAGUACCCACAGAACAAAUGUAGGCUGGGCCAUGUUAGGUUGGAUUGCUUUUCUGUCAAACGUCUAACCUCUCAACAUUCUUGAUACGGCUUUGUAAAUAAAUUUCGUAAAUAUA